CAAUAACUUGCCACACAGACUAGCUGGUACUUGAUAGCUGCUGGCAACGAUCUCAGUAUAUUUGAAUUCCACUUGUUGCAAUGGCAUUAACGGCUGACGAAGUGCUCGCAAAAAUUGGCAGCUUCGGCCGUUAUCAAUUUCGUCUGCUAAUCUUCGCCAACGUGCUGGGUUUCUUUUGGCUUGCAUGGCCGAUGCUCAUAACAACGUUCAUAACCGCUGAGCCCGGUUGGCGUUGCGUUACAAACAGCACCGAGUGUCAGACGGAUGGAAUUGUUUACCCGGGGGACGGAAACUACAAUCUGAGGUGCAACAUGUCGAGAGAAGCCUGGGAAUUUGUUGACGAAUAUACAUCAGUUGUCACACAGUUUGAUCUGGUGUGUGACAAAGCAAUCUAUGGAACAGUGUCUUCCUCUUUGCUCUUCCUUGGAUCUCUGAUGGGCGCCGCCACGACCAGCACUUUAUCAGACAAAUUCGGCCGGAGAACCAUCAUGUUUACAGUUGGAUUUCUAAUUUCAUUAUUCAGUUUGCUGUCAGCUUUCCCAAACUCCUAUUGGCUUUUCACUCUUUUUCGCUUUAUUGUUGGAUUCAAUCUAGGUGGAACAAAUUGUAUCUAUAUCCUUAUCUCCGAGUUUGUGGGCGUUCGCCACAGAGCCAUGAUGGGAACAUCUCUUUGGUAUUCUUGGACCAUUUCUUUGAUGGCUUUGGCGGGAAUUGCGUACCUCAUACCAGACUGGAGACUGCUGUGCAUCAUCACAGGGGCACCAGCAAUCCCUCUUGUACUUGGCUUCUUGAUUUCUCCAGAAUCCCUUCGCUGGCUGAUCGUGAAAGGGAAAACUAAGAAGGCUGUGGAUCUCUGCAUGAGCAUUUCCCGAGUCAACCGCAAAAAAGUUUCAAUGGAGGAAAUCCAGCUUGAAGAAAUACGUGAAGAAAGAAUGGGAGACGUGCGGGACUUGUUUGGUUCACGCAAGAUGGCUGUUAAGACGCUGAUCACGUGGUAUUGUUGGUUUGCUAAUUCCAUGGUGUAUUACGGUGUUUACAUGAUCACACCUUACAUUGGCGGCAGUGUGCACUUUAAUUUCUUCCUAGCCAGUGUCAUCGAACUUCCAGCAAUCCCGGCGGGCAUUUGGAUUUACAACAAAUUUGGACGCAAAAAGGGUGUUAUCAUUCCCAUGAUUCUUACAGCUAUGGGUGCUGCCCUCUCCGUUCUCUUGACAACAGAUGAAGAAUCCAACAAGGGACUUUUUGUAGGUAAAAUCAUUAUGUCGCUGAUUUGGGCGAAGUUCUGGAUAAUGAUAUCUUACGAUGGUCUUUUUGUGUAUACAGCAGAGCUUUUUCCUACAGCUAUAAGAAACAUCGCCAUGGGAACGUCAGAAGCAGCGGCUGGUAUUGGAUCAUUUAGUUCUCCAUAUAUCAUCUACACGGAACGAAUCCAUCCAAUCUUACCGUAUGGGAUCAUGGGAUUGAACGCUUUGGUGGCAGCAUUACUUAGCAUGUUUCUGGACGAGACUCGUUACCAGCCCACGCUGGAGACCGUGGAGAGGUCUGAGAAGAAUUCUGAGAAAGAUGUCGACUCUUCGUAAGCCACCGCAUUGUGGCCACAUAAUCCUGAAGGAUGAACUCUAUUUAUUUUUACGCUACAGUGCAAUCUUCAAUUGAGUGUCGAAAUUAAUCCAGGAUUGCAUUGGUUUUCUUUUACUUCGUUCUGUGAUUGGUCCAGAAAACUCACGCCAUCUAUCAAUCAAUUCGAUGUUAGACUAAAACCAAUCACAACGUGAUCGCGGCUGUUUUCACGCGCUUUGGUCGGUUUGCUUGUUUUUACCUCGAGUUCUCAUUGGCUCUUAAAAGUAUUUUCCUCUCCUUUAAUUGGCCAUUGGCAUUACAUUGGUUUUGGUUUUACGGCACUCAAUCGAUAAACCCUGUAUCUGACAGAGGUGAAUAACGUGUGCGCAUGCGUUAAGUUUUGGCGCGGGAAAACGGAUUUUGAGUCGUACGCACUGUUUAUUUUCUAUUCCGUUACCUCGAGGCGUUGUUUUCCUUGCCGCUUUUCUUUUGGAGAACAACUUCCAAAUACUUUGUACACCCCCUAAAUAUUUUCGAAAAUUAAUUUACUCCUUAGAAACUUUGGAAAUAGUGAAAUGCCUUCGAAAGCAACAAAAUGCCUGGGUUUUAAAUGCGAGCUCCUUUCAGCUCCUUAUUAUUUUAGCAAAUUUCGCUAAAUUUUAAACCUCAUACGCUUGAGCCCGCGUUGUUGACCGUAUACCUUUGACAUUAUUCAGCUCUGUCCCUCUAUCUAUUGUUCGAAUAUAAAACUGCGCGAUAUAUACUAACGUAAUAGUCGGAUGGAAAGAAACCCUAAAAUUGCACGUGAUACUAACGUAACAAUCCAAUGGUGAAGAAUCCUAAAAGUGCAAGUGAUUCGAAGGUAACAACAGAAUGUAAGUAAAUCUUAAAAAAGGCGAGAUACUAACGUAACUUUCAGAUGAAAGAGAAUACCAAAAGUGUGCGAGAUACUAAUGUAACAAUCCAAUGAAAGAGAAUCCUAAAAGUGCGCGCGAUACUAAAAUAACAAUCUAAAAGAAGUGAAUCUUUUUGGUGCACGCGAUACUAACCUAACAAUUGAAUGUAAGUCAAUCCUAAAAUGCGCGAGAUCACUACCGUAACUUUUGAAAGGAAUAUCUUAAAAGUGCACGACAUACUUACGCACAAAUGUAGUGACUGGAGGGAAUCCUAAAAAUGCUCGAAAUAUUAACCUUACAACCAGGUGGAGAGAAUCCAAAAUCAACAAAUAGCGCUAGAUACCAACCUAACAAUUGGAUGAAAUAGAAUCCUGAAAGUGCACGAGAUACUAACAUAACAAUCCAGUGGAAAAGAGUCCUAAAAGCGCGGAGAUACUAACGUAACAGUCCAAUGGAAAAGGAACCUUAGUAACUCGGUUUAAAAUCGUACGUUACACGAACGUAACGAUCCAACGAAAACGAAUCCUAUAGGUAUUAAUACCAGAUACUAAUAUAACAAUCUAAUGAAAGAGACAGACAUACGGACGGAGAGACACACCGACAAACGGACGGACAUGUCGAUGAACGAACGAACGGAUGGAUGGAUAAAUAAAUAGAUUGAUGGAUACAUGGAAGAGUAAAUGAAAAACAAAUGAAAGAGAAUAAAUAAAUAAAUAA